AUGGAGACAACCGACGUUCUCAUUGUCGGGGCUGGGCCCAGCGGCCUUGUCCUGGGAGCUCUUUUGGGUCGGAUGGGAAUCAAGGUCGUCAUUCUCGAAAAAGAUCAAGAAGUUUGCGAGGACCCUCGCGGAAUUGUUGUGAAUGGCGAUGCCGUUCGAAUUUCAUACCAGGUCGGAAUUGGGGAAGGGUUGACCAAAAGAAUCGGAAGUGAUAUGGGUGCCCUCAAUUUCCACGCUGGAAACUUCCGACAACGUCCGUUUAUGACUUUCGACUUGCUGCCUGACUGGGCGGAACAGUCCCUUUCACAGAAUAUCACCCAGUUCCAACCAAAUUAUGAACGCGAAAUUCGAACACUUCUCAAGACUAUUCCCUCUUGUGAUCUCCGUGUUGGCUGCGAGGUUCUCAGCCGCGUAGAAAACGAGGAUCAUACAAUCAUCGAAUAUCGCACUGCGGACGGCACAAUCCAGUCCAUUCGAACGUCUUGGCUCGUGGGGGCUGAUGGAAAGCGUGGCAUUGUGAGAAAACGAUUCCUCGAGCCAGAAGGAAUCAAACAAGAGGAUGCCGUCUGGCCAUACGUUGGAACCUGGAUCGCGAUCAACCUCGAGGUGGAUCUACCCACUCCCAAGACGCAUCCCGACUUCCCUCUGUGGGAAUUAGGAUACACACCAGAGCAAGUGCAUAGCGCGUUCUGGCCCAAAGGGUUUCACUUCUGUAACGACACACAUCGACCAGCAGUCAGCGGAAGAUUUGGGCCGAAGGGUGCGCGGUUCUGGAGACACGAAUACUCCAUCGGAAACGAAGAAGAGCCCGAAGAUUGCGAACAAGAUUUCUGGAACCAGUUCGGACCGUGGAUGAACCUCCCAGGUUCGCAAUUCUCGUCGAAAUUGAAGGGACUCACAGUCGCAUACCCAAGGGAUUGCAUAAAAGUCCUCCGCUGCCGUCCAUUCAGAUUCGCGACUAAAGUUGUAAACCGAUGGUACUGCCGCCAAACCAUGCUGAUCGGUGAUGCUGCGCACGUCUUCCCUCCCUUCGGUGGCCAGGGCAUUGCAACUGGCAUCCGAGAUGCCCAAGGCCUCGGGUGGCGACUAUCUAUGAUGAUCCGUCUCGGUGUAACAGGCACGUCUCGCGAACGCAUUUUGCAAGGCUGGAGUCAGGAACGUCGCCAUGCCUGGGAAGCCGCUACACUAUCUACCAAGUUGAAUGGCUCUAUCGCAAACAUGGGCUUUGGGUGGCGUGAAAGCAUCUACAGGUUCUGUAUGCGUCUGAUUUGGUGGCUACCGGGCGGCGCCAAAAUUCGCACCCGCCGAGCGUUCAAGGACAAGUUGAUCUACAACUCUACUACCUGUCCCGAUGGUUUCUUUUUGCAGGCUGCGGGUGGUGGACAGAAGAUUGCUCAGGUGUGGGUGCAGCAACCAGGGAAAGAUCUGCCCCAAUUGUCUGAUGAGGUCCUAUUGAGAGACAGGUCUCAUAUCGCCGUUUUGGUGUUGGCCAGGAAAGCCUCGGACUUUGACCCUGCUUCAGUGGAUGCCGCGGUCGAAGAGCUAAAGGUACUAGGUAAUCUAUUAGCUCCAGAGAACAUCGUCUACGUCAACUUGACGGGAGGAAAUCUGUCGAGCAAAGACGGGGUGACGGCAUGGAACACUUGCUCAGCUGACGUUUUGGAACGAGCCGAUAUUACCCCGGUCUUUGCCUACAACAAAAACGCGCUGCAGAACCGGGUGCCAUCUUCGGCAAAAUACGUCAUCCUGCGUCCUGACUUCUUCAUUCAUUCAGUUGCAUCCGACCUGAGCGGACUGAAGGCCAACCUACGGCAUGUGAAAGACUAUUUCGGAGUCUAA